CCAACAAGAGCCAGUUCCGCUCCCGCGACUACUUCUACCAGCAAUAGAGCCACCAAUAAUGAAGCCAGACGUAACAAUGACGCUUCCAAUAUCGUCCACCCCACCUUGAACCGCAUCAAGAAGAACCUCCAAGCCCGACUUACCGACCGGGAGAAGAAGAACAGCUCCGUCGUCGUCCGCAUCAAGCAUCUGGAGCAGUGCCAGAAGUACAUGGCCAGCAUGCAGGAGAUACAGGUCAGGUGGAAUGACCAGGAAGCGAAGGGCAAGGUGUUGGAGAAGAGGAUGAAGGAUUUGGAAGGUGACGUUCAGGAGAAGGUGGCACAGUGGGAGGGUUGG